AUGUCGCAGCUAUGGGUGAAACGUUCCAAGGCGGGGCUUUCACGACACUCUCGCCUCCUAGAAACAAUCAAUCGUGUCUUUCCUAUGCCGUUUGAGGAGAGGCGUUCGCGUGUGGACAUGGUGACGUAUGAUACCUAUCUGUGGUUUCGCUACUUUCCCCUUUUACUUGUUCCAGUCGUGAUAAUUGGGAUCAUUUUAGAAACCUGCGACAUUCCUCAAGAACACGUUUUUGCUUCUCUGCAUUUGUGGCUGACAGAUCACGGCAUGUUUCGUCAUGUUACUGUGAAGGCGCUCAACCCAGCGUUUGAGGACGAGCGACGGGCAAUCGAAUGGAAGGCCAACGAUUGCAAGUGGAGGUUUACAGGCGUCGACAUGCUUUCUGAAAAGGAGUUGCGUGAAUUUGAGGCAAUCAAUAUUCAGAGGCAAAACAUAUCGUUGUCGCGGUAA